UCAUUCGGUAUAAGCCCUCUCGCGUCUUUCACUUUUCCCCAAUUUCUUUCCACACCAAAAACCCUCAAAUCUCUUCCCCAAAGCCUCUCCUUUUCGUUGCUCGCCUCCCCUGUCGGAGAUAUCCAAAUAAAAAAGGAGAAAAGAAUCCAAUCUUUCUCUCUCGCUGGAUCUCUCGUGAUCUGGAUACCCUAGUCAUUCCCUUCUUGACGAUGGAUCCUUGGGAAUCCAUCUAAAUAGUGGCAGGAAUAGUCUCCGGUACCAACGCAAUCUUUUGAUCGCGAGCUGUUUAUCGAUUCAAAUCAUUUCGAUUUCUCGACGUCUUCUGCUGUUUUUUCUCAUUUGGGAAUCUUCCCAAAUGGGUAAGAACCAAGCCUACAAGGCCUUGCAGAGGGCGAGGAUGGGCUCGACCUCUGCCGGGCCGGAGGAGGUCGAAGACGGAAUGGUGGAUGGUUCUUUUCAUUCACCAGAGUGGCAUGCUGCUCGUUUGGCCAGCCUGAAAACAUCUCACAUAACAUGGGAAGACUUCAAGAAAAAACAAAAGGAAGAAGAACUUAAAAAGGGUGAGCUGGAGGCAGACAAGGAUAGAAUGAUGAGAGAAUACAGGGCGCAACUGGAUGCUGAGAGGGAACAAAAGCUUUCCCGUGGGAGAAACCACUCAAGCACCAAGUCACAUCACAAGAAAGAAAGGAAGGACAAAGAUUCAAAGAAACGGAGUAGGAGUAAGAGAAAGUAUAGAAGGUCAUCUGAGUCGAGCUCUUCUAGUUCGUCCUCUGAAUCAUCAAGCAGUGAUAGUGAGGAGGAGAGGGAAUCAAAGAGAUCAAGAUCAAGGUCAAGAUCCAAGAGAACAAAGAAAGAAAAAAAGCAUAGGUCAAGAGCCAAGCAUUCUAGCGGUGAUGGUGAAGAAAGUGGUGGCCCUGUGCCGCUUUCUAAAUUCUUUGGAAAUGUAAAAAAUUAAGCAUCUUUUAUGUACUCCCAUAGAUUUCUUCUGUUUAGUGAUGGAGAAGAGCGGGGGAGAUGCAUGCUGGGUUUUUCUGUGGAUGCAAAGAUGGCUGUUUUUGUCUGGUGGUGCAAUGCUCAAAGGCAUCCCAAAAAUUUCUGCAUUGUUAAAUAUUGUAUUUUCCUGGUAUUUAGACAGCUUGAGAAAAAGCAUGUAUGACUAAAUGUACCAUUUAUGUCAUUAAUUUCCAGAGAAGGCUUUUUAGAA